UUGACAAUAUCUAAAAUGAUGUUUCAAGUGUUUACUCUAUUUUUACGUAUAUUUACAAAUGUUUACGUGAUUUUACGCAUAUUUACAAAUGUUUACGUGAUUUUACACAUAUUUACAAAUGUUUACAUGCUUUUACGCAUACUUACAAAUGUUUACGCGAUUUUACGCAUAUUUUCAAAUGUUUACGUGUUUUUACGUUUGUGCCUAAAUGAUAGUUUUUUGGACUGUAGAAGGAAAUCUGUUAAUCAUAGAAAGGAUAGUUUGACUAAUCAAAAAAGUAAUCGACCAGUAACCGCUCCGCCUACUAAUCGCCUACAAACAGGAGUUUUAAAAAGGCAGUCAUGCUGUUCGAGUGAACAAUCUUUAAAAGAUGACAGAAACGAAAUUAUAGUUGUUAUAAAUAAUCAAAAAUCUACUGACAAAUGGAAAGAUUAUGUCAAGAUGGUUUACAAAACCACCGAAAACACGAAGUUUUCAGUUGAUGAUAACCAAACUGAAAAUAAGACAAAAAAGAAUAAAGAUAAAGCUGUUACGUGUUCCGACAACCGUAAUUUCUCUAUUAAAAAUGAUUUAAGAGCCGAAAACCAACAUAUUGAAAAUGCUGAUGGAUUAGAAAUAAAUGAAAAUAGUUCAUGUCACAUUGAUUCAAAUAUAUUAGACUCUGCUGGUUCUUAUUCCGAUAUUGACUUUCACAAAGGAGAAAACAGCGAUCCAUUAGAAAAAAGUAUAAAUCACUUAAAUCCAGAGUCAAAUAAGAUUUCUUUGAAUAACGAAGAAGUACCAAUUUUAAAUUUAGAUGAAAAACAUUGUAUUAAAGAUAACCUCAAUAUAUACUAUGAUCAAGUUGAGGAGUUCAAAGAAGAAGAAUGCAGUGAGAUAAAUGCAAGUGUGUUUAGUGUAAGAAAAGUAAAAAAGUUAGACGCUUUUCCUUCGAAUAAAACUCUUUCAGAUUUGUUAAGUGAUUCAGAUGGAUUAGAUGAAGAAGUUAAAGUGGUUACGAAGAAGAAUUUCGAAUUCCAAGAGGUUUUGAAACCUAAUGAAAAAAAGGAAGAUAAUGCUAAAGAACGUAUCUAUUAUCCAAAAGACCAAAAAAGAAACUAUAAAUAUACUAACCCCGUAAUAAUUCCUUUUGAACAAUCCACCAAAAAGCCAUCAAAUCAUGCUAACUUAGAUAUUGUGAUUGACAAUCUUUUAAAUGAAACCCACUUGGUAACAACAAAAGAAGCACCUUUAAUGAAAAGACCUUUUUCUAAACCUGCAACAAAUAUAAAUAAUGAACUUGAUAAUCUUUUGAACGAAUUCCAAACAUAAACUUUUUUUUUUCAAAACUAUUAAUAAACAAUUUAAGUAUCUAUGGAUAAAGAGUACUUUGCAGAAACAUUUUUUUUUUAAACAUUUUAACAAAACGAUAUAAAUAAUAAUAAUAAUAAGACUAA